AUGUCCGGCCUCGUGGCGGAUCCCUCGCUGAGCGGCAGUAUUAGAAUCGGCUCGUGUCUGAAUUUCCCAUUUCUAAAGCCAAAUUCACCCUCCAAGUCUCCCGGCCUGACUGACGAAGGCUGCGAUGUUUCUGGCGGAGAAUCUGCCGCGGCGGUGGGCUCGGCCCAUCGCGGUGAACUCGUGGAAUGUCUCCUCCCCGAGGAUCCGCCCAAGGCCCAGCGGCCCCGCCCCCGGGGGCUGUUUCCCGGAACCCUCCGGCUCCGCUCGGGAGUUUCGAUUGUCCCCUGGUCGGGCAGGGUGCGGGGAGGGGAGGGGAAGGAGGAGGGGGCCAUGGCGGAGGGUCCCCCGCCGCCGCCGCCGCCGCCGGCGUUGGGCCUGGCCGAGGAGCUGACCUGCCCCAUCUGCCUGGAGGUCUUCCAGGAGGCGGUGACGACGCCGUGCGGGCACAACUUCUGCCUGGCCUGCCUGAGCCGCACCUGGGCCGCCCAGGGCGCUCAGUCCAGCUGCCCGCAGUGCCGGGCCGCCUUCCCCGACCGGCCCCGGCUGCAGAGGAACACGGUGCUGUGCGGCCUGGCCCAGCGGCUGCUGCUGCUGCAGGGGCCCGGGGCCCACCCCCCCGGUGCCCACCCCCCCGGUGCCCACCGGCCCGUGCCCUGCGACCUGUGCCCCGGGGCCCCGGCCGUCAACACCUGCCUCACCUGCGAGGCCUCCUUCUGCCUCCAGCACCUGCGCCCGCACCUGGACUCGCCCGCCUUCCGCCACCACACCCUGCGCGAACCGCUGGGCGACCUGCAGCAGCGCAAGUGCCCCCGGCACAGCCGGCUGGCAGAGUUUUUCUGCCCCUCCCACGGGAACGUCCUGUGCCCGGCCUGCCUGCCCCAGCACAAGGCCUGCGACCCCCUCGCCCUGCCCCUCGCCCAGGCCCAACUCGCGACGAAGCUGAAACAGAAGCUGAUCACGCUGUACGGGCAGGACGGCGGGGCUGCCAAGGCUUUAGAAGAGCUCAAGGGGAAGCGGAGUGCCAUACAGGAAACGACCGCCCGGAAGCUGGAUUUAUUGAAAACCGAGUUCGCGGAGAUGAAGGCCCUCAUCGAAGCCGUGGAGAGCGAUGCUGUGAAGAAGGUGAAAGAAGAAGAAGAGAGAGUCCUGGGCAAGUUGGACAUCAUCCAUCAGACCAUCACCGGGAAAAAGAAGGAAAUGCAGAACCUGAAAGAGCAGAUUGAGCUGGUGCUGGAAAAACCGGAUGAGUUUUCCUUCUUAGAGAAAGCAGCAAAGCUGCAGGGCGUUUUUACCAAGGAUGUGUACCUGCCCGAAAUCGAGCUGAAUCAGGAGCUGAUCCAAGCCGUGUACCACAGCUCCUUCUCCUUGAAAGAGGUGCUGAAACGCAACGUAAAGGACCUACAUGAGACGAGAGCACCGGCGCAGAUGCCUUUCCCAGGCCGGCCCGCAACCCACCCGGUACUCGACAAAGGUCCGUGGCCCUCGAAGAAGACCCCUCCUUCAAAGGAGGAAAAGAAACCUAAAGCCAAAGAGGAUGAAAAGAAACCUAAAGCCAAAGCUCCAGGAGUCGGCUCCGCCAAGGCCACCCCCUCUCCUGGGACCACGUCUGCAGCAGCCUCCGCCUCGGUUCCGGCCGUCCCCUCGGCCGUGGGCUCCAAAGACCCCUCUGCCUCCAGCGCAGCCACGCUGCAGAGCUUCCUCUCCAAAUCCAGACAGGAACUCCUGGAGUAUGCCACCAAAGUGAUCUUCGACUUCAACACGGCCCACCCCAGGGUGGUCCUGUCGGACGGCUACAGCGUGGCCUCCGUGUCGGACGUGGCCCAGCCCUACUGCUCCCACCCCCAGCGCUUCACCAACUGCAGCCAGGUGCUGGGCUGGCAGUGCUACAAGAGCGGCGUGCGCUACUGGGAGGCGGAGCUGAGGCCCAACAAUUUCUGCGGCGUGGGCGUCUGCUAUGGCAGCACCGUCAGGCAGGGCGCUAGCAGCCGCCUGGGCCGCAACGCCGUGUCCUGGUGCGUCGAGUGGUUCAACGGCAAGCUGUCGGCCUGGCACGCCGACGCCGAGACGACCCUGCCCAAGCCCAAGGCCUCCAGGGUCGGCGUCCUCCUCCACUACGACGCCGGCUUCGUCGCCUUCUUCGCCGUCUCCGACAAAGUCAGCCUGCUCUACAAGUACAAGGCCAGCUUUUCCGAGGCUCUGUACCCCGCCUUUUGGCUGUUUGCCAGCGGCACCUCCGUGGCCCUCAUCCCCCUCAUGUAGCCGCACGUGAGGGGGACCAGCCCCACGGGGUGGGCAUCGGUGGCCACGGGAGUGCCAGAAGGUUGGGCGGAGGCUGCCAAUGUUAAGGCUUAAAAUGUGGUGCCCAGCGCGGUGUGGGCAGCCGUUAAAUGCCGACGGAGGGGUUGAGAUUUGGGGGUGUCUUUCAAAGCCCCGGGGGGCGGCUCUUAGCUUAGAAGCCUGGUGUUAGGGAGCUGGGCUGGCUCGUCUUUUGGCUUUUGCUGGUAGGGAGGGCAUCGCUUGUAAGAGAGGGGCUCUGCCGGGCAUGUGAAGCGUGAGACCCCUGGGCAUUUGGGGGAGCGGGUCCCCGGAGGGCACAGCCCUUGCUUUGCUGAGCACCUUCUUACUGCACUGGAGUGGAGAAUAAGAUAGCAUAAGUAGACAUAGUCCCUGCCCUAGGGGAGCGUACAGUCUCGAACCAAGGGACCACAAUGAGGAGGGAUCAAAUAGCGCUCAAUAAAGUAGGUGAUCAACAAAU